CCACAUACGAUGUUCAAGUCCGCAUCCCUCCCCUCUGGUCCUUUCACCUCGUCGUCUUCCUCUUCGACAUCCUCCCUCUCGUCGUCGCUUGUAUAUGGGAAUAUCAAUCGCUUGAUGCCGCUCCACACGUGGCCAUCACAGCCUGCAGUACCCAAAUACACCCCCUCCUCAGCUCGCAACACCACCCUCGCCAUAAAUCCCGGAAUUUCCUAGAUAAUCAUCAUGGCCGCUGCGAACAACUUUGGCAUCUUCAUGAACGCGGUGACUUUGUUGGAUUUUACCUACGAGAUUCUGGGGUACGUGCGCCCGCAGGCGCAGAUGCAGAAGUUGGAAGUGGCGCUGAGGGAUGUGAGGGAUGAAUUGGAGGAAGCGAUCAGGAAGGACGUAGACAUUCAGAGUCUCGAAAGCCGUCUCGCGAGGUGCAGAGACCAGUAUAGGACGAUCCACCUAUGCGUCAAUGCCGAGACAGCGCUCCAUUUGGAAGUCUGGGAUGUCGGAAAAGGAUUGACUUGGGAGAUGUAUCGUUUGGCGGAGGAGCUGAAAGUUCUGCGUCGGGAUAUCAUGGUCGCGAUCCGGGACACUCAGUCUUCCGCCCGAAUCGUCCCUACCCUCCUCGCACCGAUCUUCCUCGCACCGAUCCUCCUCGCACCGACCCUCCUCGCUCAACAAAUCACUCAUUCCCUGGCUCCUGCGUAAUCCCCAACACAAUUUCCUUCUUCAUCUGUGCUAU